CACUCACUUGGUCUGCGUGACUUCACAUUUUUCCAACGUUUCCUCUUGCACUCAAGCAAAAUUUUUACUGAGGCGGCUACUUUACUGAGUAGAGUGAGUAGACCAUGGAUACUACCGGUACGACUAGAUCUUUUGCCAAAAAUGAUACUGUUGUCAUUGCUACGUUAGAUGAUUCGGGAGACUCUGCUGAGGGAGACUCGUCCGAGGCGAUGAAUGAUGCUGAAAUUAUGCCCAUGAUGAGCCAAGAUUGUGUUGUGUGGAAUGAGAGUUGCAACAGCGAUCUUCGAGCUCGUCAGCAAAAGCAACUGGCAAUGACACAGCGGCCAAAGACUAGUUUGAAGCUGCAAAAGAGCGUCCAGAAAAAGAAAGCAAAAAUACCGACAGAGUCGCUCAUGAGACAAGCAAAGCCGUCGGAAGACCACGAAAUCGAAUCCAUCUUCACCUUGUUGCAAAAUAAUCACACCAACAGCAACGAUGGAGAUGGUGUGGCCAAUCCACAAGUUCCACCAGUAUCAGCAGUCACCGCAGCAAUACAAAAGAGCCACGGGAAAACGCUCCAGCCAGUCUUUCCAAAGCCAUUGAAUUUCAAUCGAAAUAACCCCCCCCAACCGGUUCUUCUUCGAAAGCGCCAUUCCUAUCCACCUUCUGCUGCUGCUGCUGCUGUCGCAAAGCCCAUCUCCACUCCUCCUUUUUCUAGUGGUACUGGUCAAAACCACAAUCGGAAAAAGAGAGCAGAGUCGCUGUGUCAGCCAAAUAAUACCGACGGAAGACUGUCCAAAAUUGCCAAAACGGCAACACUUGGAGCAGCUUCAAGUGCUUCCUCCAAAGCCUCUAAUUUGCACGCGGCGACGGCUCCACAAAUCUCAACAACAACAAUCAUUUCACCGGCUCCCACAAUCUAUCAAAGAAGGGGACAAGGAUCCAAAUCAAUGACUGGUUUUGAAGAUCUGUGCAAACAAGUAGAGACUCCUUCGCCGCCUUCUGCCACAGCUGCCAAACCAACUGAUACAACCAAAGGGAUUCCAGAUCGGUCCUUGGCUUCAACGGAAGCCGCUGAAACACCCUACAAUGGCACUGCCGGUGUGAAUGCCACUAAUCAAGGAGCUGCGAAUACUAGCCAUGGUGCUCGCAGUAAUCCACCAGACCCUCGGAAUGACAGGGCUUCCACAGCUGGGAUGCGUACGCAACAGCGAUCACAGAGCGACAAGGAAAAUGUGGUUUCAGCCCGUCCCCCGUCCUUGGGGAAUCGAUCUAUCGCAACAACAGCAAAAACCAUUCAACCAGGCAAUAUACGUUCUUCCUCUCAGCCAACAAGAAUGCCCUUGCAACAGAAAUCCUCACGGCAGGCAAAUGCUGCCGUCGCAAAUGAUUCCAAUGUGGUGCUCACACGACAACCAGCAGCGUCCAACACUCUGGCAAGCAAGACCCAACUGAAUCACCGUCAAACUCCGGCGACACUUGCUGAAGACAACUUUGAUGAUGCCUUUGGCGAUCUUGAACUGAGUGAAGAAGACCUUGCCAAGCUAGAUACAUGCACGUCAGCAGGCAACGUGAAUACGACUGGUGCCACUGCUGUCCAAGAAACGAAACCUGCCCAAGAAACCAAACCUGCUGUAGCGGAUGAAUUUGGCAAUGAUGAUGAGUUUGGUGAUUGGGAACUAGGAGAAGACGUCUUUACGAGUUGUGAUACCCUGGUAGCAGCAACGCAAAGACAGGAGUGCACUCAGCAUGCGGCCGCUCCAACACAACAAAUGCCAAACGACGCAAUCUCGGCCGUGGUCUCGUCCUCGCCUGAUGUUUCUUUGGAACAGGCUGAGACCAGCCAAAACGAGACUACGUCCAAAGAAAUGCACAACGAGACACAUCGCAUCACUACCGCUCCUGCAAACACUCUAAACGCGGCCGAGAAGGAAAACGAUGAUCCCUUCGGAGACUUUCCAGACAUUGAUUUUGACGCCGUCGAUGAUGCGGUUGUAGUUGCGACUCAACAACAAGACUGCAAUGUUGAUUGCUAUCCUUUGCAGUGGCCGCCACCGAGCUCUGUCGUACGCAACGCAAGGUCCGAAACUUGGCAAGACGAGACAUCUUACCUGUCGUUUUCACGCUACAAAGUCUGCUCUCUGGAGAAGCAUGUUCCUACCUUUACACAAGUGUUGCAUGUCCAAAUAUGGGACUCAUCUAUGCUGCGCGAUGUCGAUAGGCAGGCAAUACACAAGCCUACCGGUAGGAGCGCCGCCUCACGAAAGCCACAAGAACACAGCACAGAGAACAUCACCGGGUUGAUUGUGCUGAGGGGGUCAAACUACCAUUUGGAAGUUCAAGAAGGGGACAUCCUGCAUUUGUGUUCAUUGACUGGAAGGUUCAAAACAGAUCCUUCGGCACUGCCCAUCAUUCUCGAUUCCGAUCCACCGCCCGGAAGUGACCACGACGAUUUGGUUCCAAUAUUGCACCCAGACAUGCUUUCAAUUCCCACUACUGCCACAGAAGCUUUGGACUGCCCGAGAAGGGCGGUGCUGAAACACCGGCUUGGGUCAUCUGCGGUGGCAUCAAAGAAGUUGCUAUUGGGAACUUUGCGCCACGAACUCUUUCAAUUUGCUUUGAAGCAUGAAGUUUCAAGCAUGGAUGCCGUGAGACAGCAAGUGAGGAAGAUUGUAAGAAAGGAGUCAGAGAAACUUGUCAGCUGCAAAAUGUCUUCCGCUGAGGCAGACAGGGAACUCUUUAGGUUCUGGCCACAAGUGCAGGCUUUCAAACGCGCCUUCUUUCCCCGAAACAAUCAACAGCUUGAAAGCUUGGAGGGAAUUGGAUCGCAACCUCAGAUCCAAGCUUCUAUUGUUUCUGUCAAGGGCGUCGAAGAGGAAGUAACUUCGCACGAGCUUGGCAUGAAGGGAAACUUGGACGUCCUUGUUGAGGCUAUCACGGUGCCAACGGGCAUGCCCAAAUCCCAAACAACAAUGGGAAUUGAGCUCAAAACGAACCACCAUACGAAGACUCAGCAUAGACAUCUUGCACAACUUGCAUUCUACACGAUCAUGCUUCUUGCCCGAAACGGUCACACAGCAUCCGAAAACAGCAUCUUGAAGAGGAAUCCUCAAAACUUUGAUCCGAUUGCUGGUGGUAUGCUCUUGUAUAUAAACAGCGAAACGAGGAGAGCAAUCCACGUUGCACCGCAGCUAAAUGAGAUCAAGUGUCUAGUGGAGCAGAGGAACACUUUCUGCUCCAAAGCAGUACAGGCAUCAAAACCACGAGGCGUUUCGCUGUGCUAUGAAAACGAUGAAGACCCACCCAGAGUGAAAGUUGCCGACGCUCCUCCCGCAGAUUUGCCCGAAUUGCAGCAUGCUGGGCACUGCGCACGGUGCUUCUCUGCACGAGAAUGUAUGGUGUAUGCAGCUUCUGGAAGAUCCACAGAUGUCCGCCGAUCACAUAAAGACUUACUUGAACAAUUCACAGGGCAUUUGACCAGCAAAGAACUCGACUAUUUCCGCACUUGGGAGCGGCUCAUUGACCUGGAAGCUGAUGCUACUCAUCACUCACUGGCAGAGGCUUGGCUGGAGAAGUCAGAAGUAUUGGAAAGGCGAACGGGGAAGUGCAUUUCAUCCCUCGCCUACUCUCCGCAGCCACCUCAAGACGGAGACUCCCGAGAUGAUUCAGUUGCAUUUGUUGUCUUGGAAAGAUCAUCCAACUCGAACCUCCGAUCAGCGUUUUCGAGCCUUCAACUGCAACCCGGCUCCUACGUGACGUGUAGCACAGAUUGCACCACGUUGGACGCGCCCCUUGCUCGAUACCGAUCGGUAGCAUUGAAGGGUCAACGCCGUUUCCGGCAUCAAAUGAAAGUGUUCAGAGGAACCGUCGAGCGCAUUGAAGGCGACGACAGAAUCGUUGUUCGAACGUCGACAGAUAGUAUUGGCCGCUUGGACGACCUUUUGUCAAGUUUUCAGGAGUCCUCUCCCUCUGCGAGCUCGGCGGAAUCACAGUUGCUGUUCCGACUCGACCGAGACAACAGCUAUUCACUUUCAGGGACGCUACGCCGCAAUCUCGUCGAUUUCCUCACUAAAGACAGAGAGAAGGUUGACGAUCCCAAAGCUGAUGCCGAGCAACGAAGGCUUCGUACAGAGAGAAGGUUAGCCCGCCACCGCGAGAUGAUCAUUCAGCUCAAACCGCCAAAGUUCGAUUUAUCUCAACGCGAAAACAUGUUCAAUGAGCCCCAUUCAAGGGUCAGGGAUGUACCUGGCUGCGACAUGGCGGACUUGAUGAUGGAAUUUUCCAAAUGUAACAACGAUCAGAGGUCAGCAGCUCAAAAGGUUGCAUCCAUGACAGAUUACACGAUAAUUCAAGGUUUUCCCGGGUCAGGGAAAAGUACAACUAUUGUUUUUAUUGCUCGUCUGUUGGCUUCACAAGGCAAGAGGGUGCUGAUCACCUCGUACACCCACAGCGCGGUAGAUACUUGCCUUUUGAAGCUAAUUGAACACGGAGUUGGAGAACGAUUUCGCGAUCGCCCUCGUUCACUCAUUCGGAUCGGGGAGAAGUCUUCUGUCCAUCCAGCUGUGCAACAUCUUCUUGUAUCCCGAGUCGCAGCGGAACUAGAGGCACCGCAGGAACCAGAUGGCGACUGUCGUCCUUCGGCUGAGUCGCUUCGUCAGACAAUGUCUGAAGCUCGGAUCGUGGGCGCCACAGCACUCAAGAUUCCAAAGUCGCCGCUCCUGGCCGGGGAACACUUUGAUGUGUGCAUUGUGGAUGAGGCGGGACAAAUCACUCAGCCGGCCCUUUUGGGCGCAAUUGCAGCUGCGGACCAAUUCAUUCUGGUCGGUGAUCACAUGCAACUCCCUCCGCUUGUGUCGAGCGAAAGCGCACUUCAAGGAGGCUACGGAGUAUCGAUGAUGAAGAGACUAGCAGAUGCGCAACCCGACGCUGUCUCGCAGCUGACGCUACAGUACAGAAGUCACGAGGAAAUCUGUGCUCUGGCCAGUAAUGCCAUUUACGAUGGAAAGCUAAAGUGUGCACACGAUGUGCCGAGGUUAGCACUCCCGGCUUACCCGCAAGCUCUCCAAAACUUUGGUAAAAGUGCUGGUUGGCUCAGGAAUGUCAUCAAUCCGUUUCGUCCUGUGGUCUUCGCCGACACAGAUAAUAUUGUCCCAAGCAACAUCACACCAAUACAGGAUGGCAUUGCACCUCUCGAGCGCACUGGCACCAGGUCGGGCGGUGCGAACAUGAUGGUGAACGAAACGGAAUCAGCUUUGGUUGAGGUAGUACUCCAAGGACUCAUCGCCUGUGGCUUGGCGCCCUCGUCGAUCGGAGUGAUCUGCCCCUUUAAUGCGCAGAUUCGACUUCUUGAGGAGAGCCAACAGAUAAAGAAGCUACAAAGUGAUGGUCUGGAGAUCAACACAGUUGAUAAGUACCAGGGACGAGACAAGCAAGUUAUUAUUGUGUCCUUUGUUCGAAGCAACAGCAAAGGUAGAGUUGGGCGUCUUCUGGAAGACAUGAGACGGAUCAACGUUGCUAUUACGCGAGCCAAACAAAAGAUGAUUCUGCUGGGCUCUUUGUCAACGUUGCGCCGAGGAAGUCCCACUUUGAAAGUUAUUUUGGACCAAAUCGAGCAGCGGAAGAGGAUUGUUUGCUUGCCUUCCUGCACUACAGCAAUGCUAAGUUAAAAGAGCUGUUAUGCAUAAAAGAAAGGUUGAGGAUACAGAAUAGUUGAUGCACUUCUGAGGCAAUCAGCCACUCAUUCCCUUCAGGUCUCAUGUUGUUGUUCUAGCACAAUUAAAUAAUUGUCGCAUUGCCUGGGGCAGAGGUCUCAGACCUUGCCCGGUUGCGCCAG